AUGUCCGCCCGGGCCCUUUGGGCACCGGACUUGUCCGGGCUCGGCCAUAGUGGGCGCGGGCGCACGGGCGAGCGGGCGCGCGUGCGGCCGUGGGCGCGCACGAGCGCGCGGACGGGCUCGGUCGCCGUGCGGGCGAGCGCGGGCGCUGGACCUGGACGCGGCCAGCCAGGGCCACGGCAAGGGGGGGAGGGUUCGCCGGCGUGGCAGCGGCGAGGCCACGGCAGGGCAGAAGGGGAGGAGCAGGGCGCGGGCGCCGGAGCGCCAGAGGUGGCCAUGGCCGUGGGGCGUCACCUGCGCGUGGGGGAAGGAGGCCGCAGCGACGGGACAGGGGCGGCCGGGGUGAGGCCACGACGGGCGCAGGCCUCGGCGGCCAAAGCGAAGGAGGGGGCCGCGGGGGCGCGGGCCGGCGGCCAGGUGCGGGUGUGCGCGACGGGGCAGAACGGGGCGAGGCCGGGCGGAGCUGCGGGAGGAGGUGCGGUGGCGGGGCGAGCGCAGUGGCCGGACGCGGCCACGGCGGGCGCGUGCGGGCAUGCACCGGCGGGGCGUGGGGAAGAGGAGAAGGAGGGGGGUUGUCUGCGGCAUGUCAAGGUGUACUUCGGUGGCAAGCUGAUCCACGGGUGA